ACAUCUCUCCACACCUCCUACACCCAACAACAGGCAUCAGCCUGCUGUUCUCUCUGUCUGUCUCUCUCACUCUCUGGUCGGCUCCGUAGAAUUUUUUGACCUCUCGGCAUCAUCGGCUCUCUCUUGUCUCCGGCGCGCGGCCAUUUUUAAACUCCAUCCGCCACUCUGCAAAGAGGGGCGACGAGAGAGAGAGAGAGAGAGCGCGCGGACAUAACCUCAAAAUUCGUGUGGAGAGGGAGUAUAGAUUCCGCGACGGUGUAAUACAGUGCGUCCUCGCCGGCUGGAGUAUAUACGGCCGCUUAUACAUCGGACUCGCGCGUUCGCGGUUUUAAUAAAGCCUAUAUACGUAAAAGUAUAGGCGACAAAAAAGAGAGACACAGUGUACGGAGUUGUAUAUACCUAUAUAGAGUAUAAGAAGAGCGAGAGAGAAAGAGAAAGAGUAAUGUGGAGCGGGUCAUCGCGCAGGGGCAGGGGCAGUCGUAUCAUCGGAUUCCGGGGACCGUCCGCCGAUAUAUAACAACCGCACGUCUCCUCUAUACCUAUAUAUACAUAUAUCACAGACGCCAGGAGAGAGGACGGCACUCAGCAGCAGCAGCGACGAUUAUAUAUAUAUAUAUACACACACAUAUAUAUAUAUGUGUAUGUACACGGGUAGACGCGACGCGUGUGUAUACAGCACACGUACACACGUACUACACAUGUGAAGGACGUCAGCCGCCGCAGCAGGAGGAGGAGAAGUGAGUGAGAGAGAGAGAGAGAGAACGAUUUUUCGGAGAGCCGAGAGAGCAGUCGUCGCGACAAGGACGGAGAGGAGGAAGUCAUCGUGUCGUCUCUCGCGCUGCUGCUGGCCCGACUACGUGAAAUGCUGGCCAACUGUCAAGCCCGUAGUGCAGCCGUAGGCAGGUUAGCCGAGGGAUAGAGCUCUGUGUCCACCUCGGCCGUCUACAGAGGGACACCCACACACACACAGAGACGGAGAGCUCUCUCAACACACCACACUCACACACGUUGCGGACAGUUCGGCUUAGGAAGGGAAAACAUCGAUUUUCAAAUCACGUUCGCUAUCACUGCGCCGAGACGCGCACGAGGAGCUGCUGCUCAGGAUGUACCGUAAGCUCGCUGAUGUGUGCUUGCUCUAAAUGGUUCAAUUGGCCGAGCUUAUUGAAUGAGGUGCGAGGCCAGCUUUCGAGACUUGGAGACAGGUUCCCCUCGACUGGAUAGGAUGUAGGAAACUGGACCGUCCUCUGAGGAUAUCAUCGGGGUCGUCGACGCCGAAGCGCCGCAGUUGCGGUGAAUCAUCUUCGGGGCGAGAUGUCAUGUCUACUAUGCGCUCCAGCCGAAAGUCGUUGCGGGUGUACGAAGCAGCAGCAGGUGUAUCGAAACUGGAACGUCGCUUACUAAGGAGCGUCGAAGGUCUGGGCCGAGAUGGCGGACAAUGUCCUUAGGAAGCCGACGACGACGACUACACAGCUCAGUAAGCCGGCUGACGGCUCCGGACAGAUGCCUGCACGCAAGAUCUCCGCGCCGGUACACCGCACCACCACCGAGACGAUACGGCUUGGCGAGCCUAUUAUCGACAGUCCUGGUAAAAUCCAUCACCAUCACGGCCAGUCGUUGAGCUCGAUGCCGAUCCCGAGCGGCAAUUCGACGCCCAUCACGCCGAACAACGCCGCUCAAUGUCGCACCAAGAAGACCUCGUCCUUUCAAAUAACCAGCGUCACGGUUGGCUGUCGGAUGAGCAACGAUACUGGCGAAGACUCGAACGACGAUCUCGACGAGUCCCACACCGAGGAUAACAGCAUCGAGCAUUCGCGGAUAACCGAUAUCGAAACGCCGAGCUACUCCGAGGACACCUUCUCGAAGGACGACGUGUUCUUCAAUGCGAGUAACGCCGCCUUGAGUACCGCACCAGUCAUACCCACGAGCUCGCAAUACGGCCUUGCGAUUGUACCCUCCUCCGAGGCGAACAACGCCAAUAACUCGACCAACGACAGUAACAUCAAUACUCUCGACAUCACCUCCGUCACCGACAACAAUAUUAUCAACUUGUUGUCGAGCAACGCCAAACAGGAUGCUGAUCUUAGAGAAGUUCAUUCUCACGGAAGGAAUGAAAGGUUUAAAGUAGUAAAAAUCGAAAGCACAGAGCCGUUUAAACGCGGACGAUGGACAUGCAUGGACUACCUGGACCAUACGUCGGUGAAUCAGCCGACGGCUAUAAGCACACCCAAGGUGUCCGACCCGAACGAGGUCUGUAUAUCGUACGGUGUGACGGACGCCGGCAUCGUUGUUCCAGACUCAGUGAACAAACAGCAGCAACAGGUCGUCGACGACAAAGGUAUAAGCAUCGAUGCAAAUGGGCCUCUGCACCAAGAAGUGCAGCCGCCUCAGCAACAGCAGCAGCAGCAGCAACAUCCGUCGAUAGGCGCCGGAGGCUAUGCUGUACCGGCACAGCAACAGCAGCAGGUGCCUCCGCAGUACUUUCAGUCGUCGGCGUCUCAAACGGGACCGCAGCCUCAGCAACAGCAACAGCAGCAAACGACUGCUCAAGGUGCUACGUUACCGACCAAUCUGCAGUCAACUCAUCCGAACAAUCUGGGACAGACGCAGAGUAUGCCUCAGGGCUCUAUUUCGAUACUCACGCAACAGGGAUGUCCUGUUACGCAAGCCAAUAGCAACGUGGCAGCACCACAGCAGUCACAGCAAAAUAUCGCACACCCAAGCGAAGAGACGACGUACGUUCCGGUGAAUUCGCAAGGCCAGACGAUACCGCCGCAGGGCCAGAGUGUCGUUACCUCAGUCGCGUCUCAGACUUCUCAAGCCCCGAGUAUUCUCGUGCCUCAGCAGCAACAGCAGCAGCAGCCGCCAACGUCACAGCCGCAGCCGCAGCAGACACAGAUCUCUGAGCCGAUAGCCGCGAUGCAGGGGAUGCAGGGCAUGCAGAAUAUUCACAAAGUUCCUCAGCCUAGUGCAGCACCGCCUCAGCAGCAACAGCAGCCCCCACAGCUGCAACCGCAGUCGCAGGUGAUGGCACCAUCCGGACAAAUGCAGCCAGGACCUCCGCAGCAGCAGGCGGCGACCGGCGCAACAACCGGUGCCUCUGUGCAGAUGGUCGGUGGUAUGCAGCAGGGUAAUAUAGCGUUUCACCAACAGCAACAGCCACCGCCGCAGCAGCAGCAGCCGUCCGACCAGGAGCAGGACUCCAUGUCGGGGAUGGUGGUAGCUGGGACAACAGCUGGCCAGACCGUGGCCACCGACGUCGCGCUCCAAGAGUCGCUCGCCGAGGUUACACAGAACACAGAUGACCACCAAGCCCACGAAGAUAACGAAAGUAUGUCGGGGACAAGUGCCGUAGCAAUCGACAAUAAAAUCGAGCAAGCUAUGGAUUUGGUGAAGAGUCAUCUGAUGUUCGCUGUACGUGAAGAAGUCGAGGUGCUAAAGGAAAGGAUAGCCGAGCUGAUGGAUCGCAUAAAUCAGCUAGAGGCGGAGAACUCGAUCUUAAAGGCUCACGCCACUCCUGAAACCUUGGCUCAGCUAAGUCAUCCCAACAACAAUGCGGGAAGUGGUCAAUAGGUAACCGCUUGUACAUAAGUUUCUCAUCGAAAAAAAAUACCCCUCGUCGAAGUACAUAAUGGAUAAUAUAAUUAUUGUAUAUAACUUUACGAUUUUUAGAAAUUUAUAAAUAAUGAGAUUUAUUAUAUUAUACAUAAUAGCGCGUUAGUGAGUUUUCCUCUGUUUUUUUCUUUCUCUCUCUUUUUUUAAAUAAAAAAAAAAUACGAAUGAAAGAAUUAAGCACCACAGUGAAAAAAGGACGACAGACCGAACGAAUUAAAUGAUACAACGUGCGUAGAUUAUUUUUUACUGUUUCAGUUUAUCGUUUAUAGGCAAGAAAGAAAAAAUGGAAUUACAUAAUUCGAGUAUUGUGUAAAAAACUUCCGAUUUUCAAUUAAACACUGUUUUUUAUUAUUAUUUUUGUUUUGUCUUUUUAAUGUAAUAAAAGAAGAAAAAGCUCUCGCUGCGAGUCAGCAAAAAAAAAGAAGAAUUGCGAAUUUAAAAGUAAGUGAAAAUGCUUUACUUUUUUACUGUAAACCAUGGACACAGAAUGAGUGAAGCGAUUUUUUCAAUACAAUUAAAAAUUAAAAAAGUAAUAAGGCAGCUAGAAGCCAAAUCCCCAUUAUUAAUAUCGUACCAUCGACUCUACCAUGAAUCAACAUUGGCUACAACAAACGAAAGAGACAACAAAAACACCCGAUUUAAACAAGAUUAGAAAAAAUACCAAAGCCUUAAGUAGACACGAAAUCCGUUUAUGAAAUCAAAGUUACAAACGCGAAUUUUCUUGAAACAAAAACUCCAAAGAAACCUAGGAUUCCGUAUGUAAUGUAUAAAAGAAGAAAAAUGAGAAACUCAAAAUUAUCGUCGAAUGAUUCAAUUCAUUUUUUUAGUUCUUGCAUUGAGUCAUGCAUUUAUUUGAAAUUCCAAUGACGUUUUCGUAUUUUAGCUACACCUUGCUUGUGUAGAGCUAUUUUCCUUUUAUAGGAUGGUGCGUAACAUAAGUAAUAAUAAAAAUCAUUGCGCGAGCAAACGCUUAUUUGCUCCCGAUAUGUACGCGAAAUGCUUUCGAAAAAAAUUCGCAUCCUGUUUACAUCUUAUGUUACAUUAUUACACGCCUAAUAAAAAUUUUUAAUUGUAAAAAAUCA